GGAGCAGGAGGAUGGCAGCGGUGCCGACCAGGAGCAGCACACGGAGGAGGAGCGCCUCAUCCAGGGGAGAACCUCCGAGGGGAGCGGCAUGCAGGUUGGUGAGGACGGUGUGUCCGAAGAAGAAACAUCCGAGGCCGCAAAGCUUAUCCAAGAGCUCAACAAGCGAGGGAUGACCUGAGGGAGGAGAUGAAGGAGUUCUGCCAACAACAGAAGGCUGUCAUUGCUCAAACAGAGACCAUCGACACUGUGGAGAAAUGCUGCCAUCGUGUGGAUGCCCUGGAGCAAACUUUGAGAUCAUUGAGAGACACAUGUAAGAAGACCCCGGAGCUUGCAGAGCUGUUUAAGAGUGUGACCUGGAGCUUCAUGCAACCUGCUUCUCUCACUGACAGUAAAGACAUUCAGGAGCCGUCAUCAACAUGUCAACCAGCCACCGAGACCCCUUCACCUCCUCCAGAACCCCAACAAAAGAGUCCUCCUAAACCAAGCCAAACAUCCCCAGACAUAGCAGAGGUCAUGAGGAACAUGAGCAAGCUGGCAGAGAAGUACAACAAACUGGAAGCUCUUGUAGCAGCUCUGAAGGACAGAAAAGCAGACAUCUCACAGCUGACGCAACUUAGAGAGCUCGUCAACAACAAAGGUUCCAUGGAUGCAACAAAGAACCUGACGGAUCAGCUGAACCAGCAUAGAGCUUUGAUAGACAGCCUGAUGAGCGACCGAGAAAAGCUGGACUUCCUGCGGUGCAGAAUGGAGGACCUGAUUCUGUCUUUGACCUCUCAGUAUGCCGUCAACCCCAAGGAUGACAGUGAUGACCGCACUCAGGGUAGAGAGAGAUCUGCAGGCAGAGCAGGGACACUGCAGGACGACAAGAAUGCAGAGCUGGUGAACAGCCUGCAGAAGGAGAUUCUUCAGCUUCAAACCGAGUGUGAAAAACUGCAGGAGACCACGAGGUGUCUGCAAGAGGACAACAUACAGAAACAGAGCUACAUCGAGGAACUGUGCAAAGCAACAGAGGAGCUUGAGGUGAAGAAGGCUGACAGGCUGAUGGUGGAGAGUGCAAUUAGAAAUGAUAAGUCUGCUCUGGACAGCAAAGUUAGCCGUGUACAGUUUGACUCCGUGACGGAGCAGCUUAAUGCGCUGUUUAAUGAGCUGCUGAACAAGGUGACGGGCCAGGAGCAGGACUGGCAUAAAGUUGUCAGCAGACUCUCCACUGAGAUGGAGUGUAAGCUGAACCGGAUGGAGUUUGAACCUGUGAAGAAAGAACUGGAAGAUCGCUGGAAGACAAUCUACGGGAAGCUGCAGGCUCAGGAAGGUCCAGACCUCAAUAACGCUGCUGCUGUGAAGAAACAACUUGUGGACAGAUUUCACUGCCUCACCUGUGACCAACCUGUCGUUGCAAACUUCUUCGCACCGACUUUAGUUGAGCUGCCGUCUGCUACCUGUACUUCCUCACGCAAAGUCAUCUGGCCAUUCGGAGUUAACCCUCGGGAAAAGUUUCAACCGCACAACAGAAGACAUUUCUCAGACAUGAGAGACUACAGUUACCUGGCCAUGUCAAGGAGCUGCGGCGGGAGAGGCACAAUCAUAAGCCGCACUGCGCUGUUCGGUAACCUGAAGAAAGCGAGAGAUGGAACCGCCAUGUUACGAAAAAGUCUUCCUGCACAGUCGGAGCAGGGGGACAUCGUCAGUUACAGAGGUCAUCUGAACGAACCCGCCUGCAUAACUACCAGACCUACAAGCUCCAGCAAAGAAGACGAAGCCAGGUGCUCUCCAGGCCUCCUGCCCUCAUCUUUCCCAGAGACUGCACAUGGCUCUCCUCUCCAUAACGCACACAACGGACAGGCUGGACGCUCAGGACACUCCUGACUCUGUCGGGCUUUAGUCCACGUUGAGCUCUGUGGAAGGGAUUAGUCAAAUAAAGACAAUC